AUGAAAAACACUUCCCGGCCCGCCGAUAGAGGCCUGCUACGACAUCGAAACGAACCGGGACGGUUCUUCGGCGAUGGCGUGAGCUUCAAGGCCAAACUGAUCGGCAUCCUGGAGGUCGGCGAGGCCCGUGGAGACCGGAUGUGCCAGGAAGCGCUGCAGGACCUCAAGAUGGCCAUACGAGCCGCCGGCGAGCACAAGCAGCGCAUAACGAUACACGUCACGAUUGAUGGGUUACGGUUGCGAGACGAAAAAACCGGGGACUCGCUGUACCAUCAUCCCGUGCACAAGAUAUCGUUCAUCGCCCAGGACAUGACGGAUUCGCGUGCAUUUGGCUAUAUUUUUGGUUCCCCCGACAGUGGGCACCGCUUUUUCGGCAUCAAAACCGACAAAGCGGCCAGCCAGGUGGUGCUGGCGAUGCGCGAUCUCUUUCAGGUGGUGUUCGAGUUGAAGAAGAAAGAGAUCGAGCUCGCUCGGCAGCACAUCCAGAGCAAGAUCACGGCCCACGAACACCAGGCAGUGUCGGCUUCGCUCAUGGCCAAAACUAGCACCACGCUGGACAGUGGCGGUGCUGGCUGUGCUGGAGGAAGCUAUGGGAAGAACCAUCCAAGCGAUCCGCUUGGAGCGUUGGGAGGGGCAUCCUCGAUGCUAGCCGGGUCGAGCUCGAAAAGCGGAGCAACGGGAAGUGGAGCGACGGGCACGCUGGGCAAGAGCGAAAAAUCACCCGAAUCUGUUGCGGAUUUGGUCGAUUUAGAGCAGGAGCUGAGCUGCAUCCAGCGUGGCAUUACGCAGAUGGAACGCAUAACACCGAGCGAAGGGCCCGGCAAAAGUGUCCUCGACGAUGAUCCGUUCGGUGAUUCGUUCGCCAACAUUCCACCGGCGUACAAUCUGUUGCCACCGCCUGAGUCGAGCAAGAGGCAUCAGAAGCAAACGAAUCGCUCGACCGAAAAUCUUCCCAAAGCCACAGAAACUAGCCCCGUGGUGGUAUCCUCAACACCUCCGCCCGUAGCGGCCCCACCGGUUCCGACUGCUACCAACACCGGCAGCACCACCGUCGGAACCUCUUCCAGUGCAUUAUCUUCCCAUCAGACUGGUGGCGGGGUCAACGCUGGUAGCCAAGCGACACCGACCCCACUUAACACGAGCCAAUCUUCGGCGCAGAACGAGGACUGGCUGAAUUCACCGCCCAACACAUCCCGCUUCGAUCCCGACCCCGUACGCUAUUCCGACGAACCGAAAAUGGCGGAGGAAACGGGAAAGGCUCAGCCAACCGCCAGCGCAGCACAACCCUCGUCCUACACGGAUGUGUUCACGGACCUGGAUCCGCUCGGAACGGGCAAGAUAAAGCCGUACAUCGACAAGAAAUACUUCUUUCAAGAGCUCAAAAAUCCACCCAAAAAGGUCCUCAAAGAUCUGUCCGGGAAGGACAGCACGUUCAAUGCGAACUUUGCCUCGGAGGACCAACAGUCACAGGGUUCGCAGCUGCUGGGCGCCUCGACACUGAACGCCAGCAACAUCUCUACCCUCGCCAGUGGCAGUGGGGAUUUGUUUAAGGCAAACUUCGACGAAGCGCAGGCGAAGCUGUCGUCCGAAUCGCACGGAUCAAUGGACCACGGUCCGAGCUCGGCCCCGCACUCCUCGGCGGGAUCGAUGAUGGAAACGUCGUUGGUCACGAGCGCCUCUGGUUCGAAAAAUGUCGAUCUCUUCCAGGAGGAUGAUGAUUUUUCAAAGCUACAGCUCGACCCCUUCGAGGUGCACUUCUCUCGCAAUGCGUCGCCGCGUCCGGGCCCGGGCAGCAACAGCUGUUCCACCCAACGGGCAGGUCCACCGACGUCGGAUGCAGAGGAUACGAACAGUGGUGGUGGUAACCGGCCGGUGGAAGAACUGGGCGAGCCCGGGAAAGCCGGUCCGGUCUACAAUGGUCCGUUGCAGGUUAACCUUCCGCCGGAAUCGUGGGCCAGCUACAUCAGUCAGAAGCGUCUCGAGCGGCAAACAUCCGAGGCAAACGCUGCCCAGUCAGCCGUCUGCGGCGGACCGAUGGCUCGCAACCGUCCCGCGGCCAGCAGUGUGUUCAAGCAGAACACGGUCGAUGUGAUUUCCAGCCUCAGCUCGAGCUCGAAGAAGAUGAAACCGAAUCUGUUUGGGCAAAAGUUUUCGAAACGUGACUCCAACAGCAUCAACAUGCGGCGCCUGCAGGAAAGCGAUUCGCUGAGCGAAACGGAAACUGCCCCGGAACCGCCACCGCGACCUGAUUCCGCGUCCCACAUCGAACCACCGCCGUUGCCGCCGAAGAAGCAGUUUGCCGACAUCGUCAUACGACCCUCGCCACGGGCAUCCUUCGGGAGUGAUCGGGGAUCCGGUGGUACCGGUCAGCGCUACGACUAUGUGGGCGCGAAGUACGAAACCACCAGCCGAUCGUCACCGCAAUCGACCGGUGGACCCACGUCCGAUGCGCCGCCGCUACCACUUCCGUCGCGAAAAGUUGGUCGCACCGCAGGUGAAACCGUCGGCCCGGGUCGGCCUCAGAAGAAGUCGAAUGAUGAAGAGGAUUACUUGACACCGAUCGCCGGCAAACCGGAUAUACCGACGCUGCUGCCGCCGCCACAACGCAAAGAUGGUUCGAAAACGUCACGCUCCACCACUCGCAAACAGUCCGAGACUGAUCCACGCAACCUCGACGAACCAACGCCACCACCGACGUCAAAGUCACCGCUCGGAGGGAGCUUCGCCAGGGAUCUCCCGAACUCGUCGUUUCUGCCCGACAUUACGCUAAGUCAAUUACUUACACUCGGCAUCGAUGAACUGGCGGCCAAACUGAACGUUCCCGUUUCGAAGCUAAGCACCAUGACACUGGUGGAGCUGACCACGUACCUGUCGGAGUUUAUCGAAAACAGCAAACAGCCGGCGAUGGUGGCGCCCAAAGCGAGCCAAGACACGGCCUCCGGCCACGAGGGAAGUGUUAGCGAGUCACCCGUCUUCAAGGUGAACUUCGACGAUGCAAACGAGUUCGUGGCCAAGUUCGACGACAACUUCGGCGAAGACGAUCGCCGCGAUCGCAGCGCCGUCGGCCCACCGUCGUUCGUAGCCAACUUUGAUGAUCUCAAUCUCCAGCAUCCGGCAGGUGGCAGGGUUUCUGCGGCAGCGGCCACGGGAGGGUUUGGCACAACAACAACACCUGCCACGUCCUCUGUCGUCGAUAAGUACGCCGUGUUUCGUGAGAUAAUCGAACAGGACAUCGGGGCAGGGGAUGAAGUCAUCCCCGACGAGCCGGUUGAUCGGGAGCGGGAGCAGGAGCAACACGCAAGGUUGGAUCUGCAGCGUGAGGUUGCGUCCGAAAUGAGUCGCCUUUCGCCGGCCUUCGGCGCAGGCGAAGGAUCAUCGCCGUCUCCUUCCGGCGGUCAGCUGAGUAAUUCGUUUGCCACUGCUGCCACCGGCACAGCAACCAGUCCCCUUACACAGCUGCCGAUGACAAAGAUCGACACCAAGAUAACGGAGGUGAUCUCCCACGCCAAGGAUCGCUACGCAGCCCUGCGCGACAUCAUUCUAGUGGAGGAUCUGUUCGAGAAACCGGCCCCGAUUGCGCGCAUGGAAUCGUCCUCGUUCGAGGAGCGCGAGCUCGAGCUGGACGAUGGCAAAUUUGAAGCCAACUUUGACGAUAUGAUCGGCGGGAACGUGGGUACCGGUGGCUCGCCGGAAAUUAACAUCUCUGACGCGGAACCGAACGAUGCGGGCACCCCGGAUCAGGCAACGACGGUGAGUGGCAUCAGUUUGCUGCGCACCACGAACGCUACACCGCGCGAGGAUCUCGAGAUCGAUGAGCUUAUGCAGCAGGCAGUUUCGAACCUAUCAUUGCACGGUACCGAUCAGCAGCUGUCGCCCGCUCCGACGGCAGGUUCACGCACCCAGCCGCAGGGCCUGGCGGUAAAGGGUAGCCCAUUGUUGGUGUCCCACAGCUCCACCUCACCGUAUCGGCCACCGACUUCGACGUCAACGACACUGUUGAAUGAUAUGAUCGCACCCAAAAGCAAGUCACCUACGUACGCGGCCGACACGCUGAAUCUGGUGGCUACCGGCAAGGGUGGCGUAAUCGACACGAGUACCUCACCGAUUCCGCUGGGACAGAAGCAGCAACAGCAGCUCGGCAUGGUCAGGAGCCCGAUUCUCAAACCAUCGUCGCACGGGCCACUGCGUGUCGGCGAUGAGGUCAUGAAGGGUAUGAAGAAAAAACCCACGCCAGCACCGCGGGGCCAAUCGUCCAGCGAAAAGCGAUCGUCCGGGUCGAUGAGCGACGGUGACGAUGAAACGUCCCCGGAAGGUGGUGACAACAACGAAGGUGGGAAAAUGUCGCGAAACACACCGACCAAUGCGACCGAAUCGUGGGCUGUGUUCGAUCAUCCGGAGCCUCCGAUGGGCCAGCACUCUUCCAAACACCGCCACACCGAUCAUCGCCACGAAACGCGCAACGAACUGGCAAGACGUGGUGGUGAUAAGAAUGGUCCCGAAUCACCGUGCUCUUCCGAUGCGAAGGACGAAUGGACGAAGGCGGCCGAUUUGCGUGAGUACGGUCGGCGUUGGCCAACCAAGGGCCACACGUCGUCCUCGUCGCGCGACGUUAGCCCUUGGGACGAGGAAGGACCGGACUACCGGAAGCGGCCCAUGCACGGCGGAUCGUCGACGGCGGACAUGCGCCAUCAUCAUGCCACGUCCGGUGAACGUUAUCACCAUCCGCGGAUGCCACCGCGUCGCAUCAACUCGAAUGACGAGGAGUACGAGGACGAGCCGAUGAAGGAUCAGCGGUCCGGUGUCGGUGGCCGGCGAAGAGGCAUGAAGGGUGGUGCUGGGUCGCGUAGUCGUGAUAACUUCGAAGAUGAACACUGGUACCAUGACGGUGGACAUCAUCCGACUUGGGCGUCACCGACGGACGAUGACGAUUCGCGGCAGGCGACCGGCGGUGGCGGCGGUGAGCGUGGUUCGCGAUCGUUCGAUCGGAACGUCUACGAGCGCAGUACGUACGGGCCACCGUACGAGAAGCGGGAACCGAAGAGCCUUCCACCGUACGACCGACGGGAGUACAAGACCUACGACAAGCGGAAGUACUACCGUGAGCGGGAACCAUCGCGGGGCAGUGGAAGCGGUGGGCGAUCGAGCUACGAUUACGACCCGUACGGUGGUGAGGGGUACGGUCGACGAUCGGACUACGAUGACGGGUACGAGAGGCCGGGGUGUCGGGAUUCACGUGAAGCCCGGGAAUACUUUUACGAACGCGAUCGGAAGAGCUUCGACCGGGAAAGCAACGAAUCGUACGACAGCCGCGAGCGGCGCAGCUUCGGCAGUGGCGAUCUGUAUGGCAGCUUGGACAGUCGGGCCGAGUACCGAGAGCGGGAGCGCGAUCGGGAUCGCUACUUGUCACUGGAAAAGAGCCGCUCAUUGCGCCGCGGAAUGCGUAACGCCGGAAGUGCUCGAUUGGACCAGGAGCUCGAUCAAGACUCGGAGGGUGAUCUGAUCGGUGGUACGAUGGGACGAUCGUCGGCAGGUGGUGGCGGCGGCGGCCUUCGGGGUCCCGAUGGUGGUGUAAACAGUUUACACCGAUCUAGUCAGAACAUCGGUGGGCGCGCCAGCAAGCACCAGCCGCACCACCAGCAGAUGCUGCUGGACGAUGACGUUUGGGGCGUGGCCAAGGGCGCCGCUCCCUGGAAGCGGCCGUCGAGUGCCACGGAACAGGAGCGCCGCUACGAAGGCGUGCGCCAACGGAGUGGUGGACCGGGACACGGUGGUGCCGCUUCAUCGAAUCUGGCCGGUUCGGACGGGGAGAAAGAUCGGCGAUUCCGCAAAAAGAGCCGAUCGAGAGCCGGCGAGCGGAAAGAGCAGGAGCUGCGCUCGUCGAACUACGCCACCAUGCGGUACCCGUUGCGAUCGAAGGAAGAUUACUUCGACUUCGAUGCCGUGGAGGGUGGCCGACGUGGCAGCGCUGGCGGUGGUGUCGGCGCACUCGACGAUGACGACGAUGACGAGGACGACGAAGGUGGUGGCGGUAAGGGCGGGAUGCUCAUGCUGGACGAUCCGCUCGAUGAGAGCCCCGCUUACUACGGCCGUCGACAGCCAGCGAGCGGUGGUGGCGCCGGUGUUCCCUAUUACGGCAAACCCUCGACAACUCCACGCCAGGAAGGGCGCCUCGUUAGCGAUGCACUGAUUGCGCAGGAAGCGAAAAAGAUGUCACGCUACGAGUACGAAGAGGAGGCACUCCGGCGGAUGAAGAAAAGCAACAGCCGCGAUCUGUACUUUGAAGGGUCAGAAAGCAAGUAUGGGGCCGGUAGUGGUGGCGGUUAUGGAACUGUGACGCCCCCGAAGAGCGCUUCUGGUAAGAACCAUCAUGGCGGGCGGAUGGAUUUCGAGUUUGACGAGUUCGGCGACCCGCUACCCAGCUCGGGUGGUGGUGGUGGGAAAUUUAUCUCCAACUACGACCCUCCCGGUGGCGACGGUUUUGAAAGUGACUUCAACUCUCCUCCGACAAUGGGAACCGCAGCGGCGGCACCGAGUGUCGGGUCACUGAUGAUGCACGGUGGUAGUGGACACAAAUCGUACCGUUUCUCUAACGACUUCUCAGGGGACAAGGAGCGCGCUCACUACGGUCACGAGCCUGCUGGUCAAGGUUAUCAUCAUCAUCAUCGGCAGCAGCAGCAGCAGCAGCAGCAGCAAGGAUCACAUUCGUCACAUCACUAUAAAAGCCACAGUGCCAGUGGUUAUCCUGAUCCGGCCACGGAAUAUUCUCACUCUCAUCACUCACAAUCGUCAACGACAUCGCCCCCAUCGGCACCUCCGUCGGCCCCGUCGAGUGGAUCGAAGCUACGGUUUAACGAAAACGUCACCGUCUCGAAGUUCGACGCCGAGGCGACGACAAUGUUUGAGGACGACUUUGCUGGACGCUCGGAUACGGAGCAGGACUUGGCCGAGCAGCAGCAGCAGCAGCACGGUUGGCCAUCGGCAACCAGUCCCGGACCACUGGUCGCUUCCCCAGCGGCAGUAACGCUCCAGACGGCACCGGCAAGCAGCAACAAUGGUAGCAACAAAAAGAUAUUAAAAACUUCUAGUCAUCCGUCGGCACACCAUCAGCACUCGCAGCAGCAGCAGCAGCAGGAUAAUAUUCGCAAGUCGGACAGUAUUAACAUUUUUGCCAAAAAAGUCGACGAUCCGUUCGAGGACGAUGAUUUCUUCUCCUCCCAGGGCGGCGGUGGGGGUCGUGAUCCGUUCGGAGCGGGCGGUCCACCGGCCGGAUCGGGAGGAUCGAAUGAUCCGUCGGCGGCGGUGCCCGGAGGGACUGGUGGCUGGGACAAGAACUUUGCCAACUUUGACGACAACAUCUGA